CUUUCCUCAAAUCAAUCUUCUCCCCUUCAGUGAAGAAAGAAGGUCGGAUUCUCAAGCUGUGGAGGAAAAGACUUCGAAGCGCUAACGACCGCGACAUUUCCACCAGCCAAUUCCACGAAUCACAACCACCUACGAUGGGCGAGGAGACAACGACAAGUGAUAUGACGGCGGAGGACUUUUUGCAGUAUUUUCGGGUGGAACUGACAGACAUUGAACAACAUAUCAAAACCCUCUCCAGCCUCAGCACGGAAAAUGGAGAGCGAGCGGACGCAGUCAACAAGAUUCAAGGACACAUCGCCGCCCUCUCCGACAAGGUGCGCGAUGCCGGAGUGUAUGUGCCGGCGCGUGAUGUGCGAAUCUACAGCGAUGCGAUCAAAGGGCUUCAGGAAAUGUUAAAGGAUACACUGGAGUCCUUGGUCCCGAAGAAGAAGUUUUCCUUCAAGUCGGGAUCUGCGCUGGGGGCGAGGAAGGACGCGGGGAGUGCUUCGACAGCAGAGGCAUCAAGUUCACAGCCAAAACCGCAACAUCGGCGGCCAUCUCUCCACCAAGGAGCAACGAGUCUAGACGGCCACACGCGGCAAUACAUCAUCGUGCCCUCGCCGGACCCAGGAGCGGUCGGGUCAAGCACCAUGGCCAACAUCCAAAUCUGCGUGGUCAACAUGCGUCCGGCGGGCAUGCGCACAUUUCCCCUCGCCAGCCUAACGCUGAAAUCCAUCCGCAAGUCGCUCGUCAUCUGCAGCGAAGUCCAGGGGCCCAUCCAUCUCACCAACAUCACCAAUGCCAUCAUCGUUGUCGGCAGCCGGCAGUUUCGCAUGCACGACAGCCGGGACUGCGAUGUCUAUCUACAUACAGCAAGCCGGCCAAUCAUCGAGCAUUGCUCGGGCAUUCGAUUCGCGCCGUUGCCGCAGCAGUACCUGACGGAGAGCAUGACAGAGGGCGGUGGAAAUCAAGAUCAAUGGCAGCACGUGGAUGACUUCAAUUGGCAUCAAAUUGAAGCGAGUCCGAACUGGAGCGUGCUGGAAGAAGGGGAGAGGGUGAAGGAGGAGGUGUGGGAGGGAAUUGUGCCCACCAAACCAGGACUCGGGGCAGAAGAUGUGUUGAAGAUGGUUGGAUUGGACUUGUCAGACGAGCCGUAUCACGAACCCACCUCAAGUUAGACAUGCGUCGUUCGUACGAGUACUCUCUCGGAGCCGAGCAGCACACAAUGUGGAUCAUGCAAGGCGUCGAUGAUGAAUUAGUAGGCUGCAUCAUCAACCAG